AUUAGUUUAUUUUUCCUUUUCUGAUUUUUGUUUUGUGCAUUGUUUUCUUUCACAUGGAGCAUUAUUGAUUUGGGUCUAAUAUGUCCGUGAAUUCUUAUUGAUUUUCCCUAAGAAAUGCUGGUUUUGGCUAGACUAGCUGAAGUUUUAACAAUGAAUUUGUUUGUACUAAUUCUUGUUAUUUUUAUUUUGGAUGGAAGAAGCUUGACUAUGGCGUCAAAAGAGAGGAUUGUUUCGAAAAUGGGUGAAAAGGAAAUGACCCUUGAUACGGUGAGAGACUCGUUGAUUAGACAAGAAGAUACAAUCAUAUUUAGUUUGAUUGAAAGAGCAAAGUUUCCAAUGAAUUCCCCUACUUACCAAGAACCCAAGUCUUGCGUUGGAUUUUGUGGUUCUUUGAUUCGUUUCUUUGUCAAUGAAACAGAAUCCCUCCAGGCUAAGGCUGGUAGGUAUCAAAAUCCUGAAGAGAAUGCCUUCUUUCCUGAUCAUUUACCACCCUCAUUGGUGCCACCAUAUGCCUUUCCACCGGUACUGCAUCGUGCAGGGGCUUCAAUCAAUGUGAACAACAAAAUUUGGGAUAUAUAUUUCAAGCAAUUGCUUCCUUUGUUUAUUAUAUCGGGUGAUGAUGGAAACUAUGCAUCGACUGCCUCUAGUGACCUCAAUUGCUUACAGGCUAUCUCUAGAAGGAUUCAUUAUGGAAAAUUUGUAGCUGAGGUGAAAUACAAGGAUGCCCCACAUGACUAUGAACCCGCAAUUCGUGCUAAGGAUAGGGAUGCACUGAUGAAACUGUUAACAUUUAAAGCUGUGGAAGAGACUGUGAAGAAGAGGGUUGAGAAGAAGGCAAUGAUAUUUGGGGAAGAGGUAACCACAAACACUACUUGCACAGAAAGCAAUGAGGGAAAUCACAAGAUUGAUCCACCAUUAGUUUCUCGUCUCUAUGAUGAAUGGAUAAUGCCUCUUACUAAAUUUGUUCAAGUUGAGUACCUUCUACGUCGCCUCGAUUAGUGUAUAAUAAGUUUAACAAUAAAUUUAAUUACAUAAGGUACUUGUAUCUUCCGUUUUUAUAUAAUAACCGAAUACAUAACUCCACCUUCGAUUUUGGUAUUUUUAAACAUAUGUUAUCGGCUCAAA